ACGCUCCAUACUUACACGUCAGGCUAAACCCUCUUCAGAGGCUCUCUCCCACCCGGCCGCCGCCGCCGCCCGCCGCCAUGGACGCCGGCGACCCCUCCACCUCGCUUGCCCUCACUGCGGCCGAAGCAUCUCCGCAGAGCCCCACCAAGAGGAACAAGAAGCCGGCCAAUCCGCCCAAGCGCUUCGUCCACACCCCGAUCCCGCCCUCCAUCCUCUCCGACCCCACCCUCACUGCCGCUGCCACCUCCCUCCUGCCCGCCAACUACAACUUCGAACUCCCCAAGACGGCACACCGCAUCCGCUCCGCAGGCGCCCGCCGCGUCGCGCUACAGCUCCCCGAGGGCCUGCUCCUCUUCUCGCUCCCGCUGUCGCACCUCCUCGCACCCUACCUCGAGCCCGACCCCGCCAACGAUGUCCUCGUCCUAGCGGACGCCACCUACGGAGCAUGCUGCCUCGCGGACCGCCCCGCAAAGGCGCUCGCCGCCGACGUCCUCGUCCACUACGGCCACUCCUGCCUCGUCCCCGUCACGUCCUCCCUCCUCCCAGUGCUCUACGUCUUCGUCGAGAUCCACGUCGAUGCCACCCGCCUCGCGGCCGCCGUCCGCAACGCCUUCCCGGACCCCGCCGCCGCGCCCCGCCUGGCCAUCGCUGGGACCGUGCAGUUCAUCUCAGCAGUGCACGCCGCGCGCGAGAUGCUCACAAAAGAGGGGUACCGCGACAUCGUGGUGCCACAGGCGAAACCGUUGUCCGCCGGCGAGAUUCUGGGGUGCACCGCCCCGACGUUGAAGAAAUCAGAGGAGGUGGGGGCGGUGGUGUUUGUUGCCGACGGGAGGUUCCACCUCGAGGCGUUUAUGAUCGCCAAUCCCGCGGUGAAGGCCUACCGUUUUGACCCAUUUCUUGGGGUUCUUGUGCUAGAGGAGUAUGAUCAUGUUGGCAUGAAGCAGGCAAGGAAAGCGGCGGUUCUGGCGGCAAGGAAGGCCAAGAGCUGGGGAGUAAUACUCGGCACCCUUGGGAGGCAGGGGAGUGUGAAGGUUCUUGACAGAGUGGUGGAGCAUUUGGAGGAGAAAGGACUGGAGCACACAGUAGUGCUCAUGUCGGAGCUGUCCCCGGCGAGGAUGGAGCUGUUUGGGGAUUCAGUUGAUGCUUGGGUUCAAAUUGCUUGCCCUCGCUUGUCCAUCGAUUGGGGGGAGGGUUUCAAGAAGCCAGUGCUGACGACCUUUGAGUUCGAUGUCGCGCUGGGUUACGUCCCUGGGUGGUGGGAGAAGGGCACUAGUGAAUGUGGUGGCAAACGUGGUAGUGGGUGUUGUUCAGGAUCAGGAAGCUGUGGAGAUUGUGAUUGUAGUAGUGGUGAUUGUUCUAGUGGGAAUUUUGGAGGCUACUACCCGAUGGAUUAUUAUUCUCAAGAUGGAGGUGAUUGGAAUAGCUGCUACAUGAAGAAGAAGCCAUCUGUUGGUGAGAGGAAGCCACGAGUUCGGAUUGGCAACGGAUUUGAAGUCACGGAGAAGCGAUGAAUUCGAGCACUGUUGCAAGGCAGUGAGGUGGAUAGAGAUAUCGACAACAGCUUCACUUCGUUCAGAAAUUUUGGCACCAGAAUUCAGUGUUGUUGUACACCCAAUGCUGUCGCUAGUGGCUAGUUACCAGGCUGGAGAAACUUACCGGUGCCUUAUGAGAGUGUUUUUUUUUAAAAAAAAAUCAGAUUAUCAUCCACUUUAUCAGAAACGCCAAUACGGAAUCUUGAGAUACUGACCAGUAUAUUGUACUCCACCCUUCACUAUAUGCGUAUGCUGUAAUUGUGUAUUGUUGUGCAAUCCUUCAUGGUAAA